AUGGAGGUCGCCACCGUCAACGACUUCGGGUUCGAGUACCAGACCGCCACGCUGAACGGGGUCAAGUACAAUUACAUCCUCGCAGAACCGGCGUCGGGAAAGGUGGUUGGCACGAUUUUCCUCAUUCACGGGUGGCCUGAUUUGUCCCUGGGAUGGCGGAAUCAAAUUCCUUUUCUCCUCUCCAAAGGCCUCAGGGUCGUUGCUCCGGAUAUGAUGGGAUACGGCGAGACUGACGCACCUGAAGACGUGAGCUUCUACACUUUCAAGCGUGCGUCAGAUGACAUCGCCGCACUAGCCAGCCAUCUCGGCCUAUCCCGUAUCAUCCUCGGAGGACACGACUGGGGUGGAGCUGUCGUUUACCGCGCAGCUCUCUGGCACCCAGACCUCAUCGCUGCCUUCUUCGUAAUCAGCACCCCCUUUGCGGCACCACGCAUCACUUAUAUCGACCAGGCCACCGCGUUGCCCACACUGCACUACCAACUGCAGUUCCGUACGGACGUCAUCCAGGACUACAUUGGCCUCGGCGAUGCGCAAAAUGCUACGCGGGUCCGGCAAAUCCUGAACACUAUCUACGGAGUGACACUUCCGAGCGGAGCAUCGGCGUUCAACUCAAGCGGCGAGGGUUUCACUAUCGAGCUGCUUGACGAAGUUACUGAGGACACACCGCUGCUGAGCAAGGAGGAGUUGGACUUCUACGUAGACAGCUACCUCGAGGACCCCUUCAACAGGACACUCAACUGGUACCGUACUGGAGAGCUGAACUGGGAGGAUGAGCUGGUGUUCCUUCCCAACGACACAACGUAUACCGCCAAGUACGCGCAGCCUGGGCUGUACAUCGGUGGUACGCAAGACACGGCGCUGCCUCCGGUCUUGUCCACGGGAAUGGAGACGUAUUUCGAUAGCCUGUCCAGAGGCGAGGUGGAUGGUGGCCACUGGGUGAUGUGGGAGAAGCCCGACGAGGUGAAUGGCUAUGUCGAUAACUGGCUCACUAGCUCUGUGCUGGGGAACUUGACUGUUGGCCUCAACCUUACGACGGCGAUUGGAGCUGCAAGCGCUCUGGCUGUUCGAUAA